AGCCUGCUUAACCUUCACACUGUGUCGUCAUAGUGAUGAUGUUGCUAUGGCGCCAACAGGUCUUUUGCAGUCAGGAUUCAGGUUCAUAUAUUGAUUGCUGCAGCCUUCUAGGGCACAGUGGAUAUGGACUGAUUUACUGAUAAGUAAAGAAAAGGCAGCCCAGAAAACCUCUCCAUUGAUGCAUUAUCUCACCCUGCACUGGUUCAAUAUGGGAAUGCUACUAUUCCUGGCACGUAAAGGGCUGUCUCUGGAGUGCUGGAUUUGUAAUGGCAUUGAACUGGAUUGCACUGGAACUCUGAAGAAAUGUUCAUCUAUUUUUGACAGUUGUGCCAUUGUUCAAUCAUACAACAUUAGAGGACAACAGUACGUGCUGAAAACCUGCAAGCAAUCCACUAGCUGCUAUGAAGGCUUCACAGCCAUUAAAUUUGCUGAAGGAGAAACAGUGUUCACCAAGGUUUCCUGUUGCAAGGGGAAUGGCUGCAAUAAGGCUGCUCCACCAUUGCCAGAUGUAAACAUGACAGCCAACGGGAGGAAAUGUCGAGGGUGCUUUGCUAUCAACAGACAACGAUGCUUUGCUCAAGCGGUUGCCCACUGCGAGGGAGACCAGCACUAUUGUUCCGAUGUGUCUGGCUUCGCAGAGGUUCCAUCCCCUAUAUUUGCUGGAUCUCCUGCCUUGGUGAUUGCAAUUGCCUUCAAGGGCUGUGUGAACAAAGCUUUCUGCGACGCUCAUUAUGAAGGCGUUUUCCAUACUUCCAUGCUUGUUGUGACUGCAAGAGGUCAUUGCCAGCUUGCUUCUUUCAUGGUUCGUGCCGCUCCACAAUUCUUUGGACUCUUCCUUCGAGCCUUGGUUGGGCUCCUCCUUGCGAUGAACUUUGCUUGAUUUGCCUCCAGCAAAAGGGUCCAGGGGAACCACAUUUGAAUAGUCCUUCCUUCCCAUGUGGCUAAUGAAAAGCCAUAAGCAGACCAAAGGCUUUACAGGGAAGGCGACCUCAGAUCUCCCAAAGUGUGCAAGGGCCCAUGUGUUAUUUUCCACUGCGGUGUCUGGCAGUAUCAGAACAUGGCAACACCAAGCAGGAAUCGAUGGAAGCUGGAACUGGGAGUGAUUUUGUUUUUACUAUUUUAUAAUAAUUAUUUUUUGCAUUUUCUAUUUUACAUAAACAAAUGAAUUAUAUUCAUUUAAACAAAAAGGAUAAUAUGUUUAUGUAUUUCAUAUAUAAUCCUUUUUGACUCCCCCCACCCGAUUGUGGAUCUUAAUGUAAUGAUUUCCCCCUCUGCACCUCUUUCAUAACACUAUUUUUAUAAAUCCUUUGUCAAUCCUUAGUUCAAUUUUUUUACUACAAGUUUU